AAACUUUUUACAGGCAUGAAAUGGGUAACAAAAGCUCAAAAUCAGCAGGAACGCAAGAAUUUCUAAAGACUAAGUUCCCAUCAAAACCUACACAAAGCUACGAUGUAGGGCCAACUUGUCGACAGUCAGGGUGGGCUUUAUCAAAACGAGCGAUAGAAAAAACAACAGGAGAAACAUACAUAGCUGAGUACUGUAACAGGGUUACUACUAACCAGGAGGAAGUAGUAGAUUUGGGCAGACUUUACCAAAUCUUUAAAACAGUGAACCACCCUAACAUGGUUAAACUGCAUCAAGUAUUCAAGUUGAGCAAAGAAAAGUAUGUGUUUGUGACGUGUAACUAUCAAGACUCAGACUUGUUUGAUUUUAUUGUUGAUAAGACUGAAAAUUCAAAAAUAACCGAAGAAGAAGCAGCUAACUACACCCAUCAGCUUCUCCUAGCAGUACAACAUCUGCACAAGCUCGACAUAGUCCACAGGGAUAUAAAACCCGAGUGGGCGUAUUUCCAGGACGAUGACUUCACUAAAAUUCUCCUGCACCCGGGACCUUUCUGUACUGAGCCAGGUAAUUCCACCAACCUUACCAAACUCUGUGGUACCGUCACAUACUUCGCUCCUGAGAUAGCUAACGGAAAGGAGUACGGGAAAGCUGUUGAUUGUUGGAGUUUGGGUGUGACUGUGUUCGUGAUGUUGAGUGGGGGCAUGCCCUUUAAUUCAAUGUCGGAGACUGAAACCCUGGAAAUGGUGAAGAGAGCUGAGUACGAGUUUAAACCUGAGUUUUGGAGUACAAGGUCGGAGGAAGCGAGGGAUUUUGUGAGUGGAUUAAUGACUGUAGAUCCUGAUAAGCGAAUGAACUGUGAGCAAGCUCUGCAGCACCCGUGGAUAACCAGUAACCAAGCAUGUUGAAUGAAUCAUCUUUGGUCAACAAAUUCGCACCCAAAUUUUACGGAUAGUACCAGACCCCAGGGCCCAUGGGUCUGUUAUUCAAACAGAACUAAGCCAUUUCUUUAAAUUUUAUCAUAUAACGAUAUUAUGUUUCUGACGUUAUUUUUGAAUGCCAAUUUGAGAUAUAAUGAUCGUUACUCUUGCGUUAAACCAUAUUCGUGAAUCGCUAUCUAAUAUAAGAGCAUUUGUAGUACGGAACUUAUGAAAAUAUUUGAUGAUUGUAUUCGAA